CUCUGGCUAAGGGAAGAGGACACUGACACACACACAGACACCGGAGCUCGGAAGAGCACUAGAACAGCCACUUGUGUUCAUAUACUAUAAACCUUGCUGAGCAUAACUGGACUAUUUUUCAGAUUGUGAGGAGUUACAUAAUUUCAGUGCCUACUUCAUGUGGGAAGGAGGAGAGACUGUUUAACAAGAAGUAAACAGUUGAGAAAGUUGCGCUCUAAGAUUGUCAUCAUGAAGUUACAUGUGGCACUAUUUUUUGCUGGGCUCUUUGGUGCCUUGGCAACUCUGUUUAUAAUAUUGUCUUUUGGCACGGACUAUUGGCUGUUGGCAUCAGAGACCUGCAAUUCACAUUCAAAUGGUCCGGUUACUUUGCAGCAAGGUGAUAUUGUGGUCAACCGGGGUCAGUACCAAGAUAGUGAAGACCUGAACAUUACUUUUCAUCAUGAGGGCUUCUUUUGGCGCUGUAGCUUUAAUGAAAUCAUGAACGAUGACGAUCUGUGGAAGUUCUGGUUUGAACAUCAGCUAUAUGCGAGGGAAUGCAAACCUGCAUAUCUUCUCCCCUUUCCGUUCCCUGACCAGAUCUACAACACUACCAGCUAUCAGACUGCCAUAAUCUACAGAGGCUUCUGGAGCGUCUCCAUGUUGCUGGGGGUGGCCGCUGUGGUGGCCGGCGGUUUCAUUAUUAUUUGUGCAGCUCCAUUUGCCAGUCAUCGCCUUUAUAAAGCAGGUGGAGGACUAUACCUCAUUUCUGGUUUCUUCCUUCUCGUUGUCACUGUGAUGUAUGUUUUCUGGCUAGAUAUUUUGGAUGUAAUGAGCUUGUAUAAGGAAUAUCAGAAGUCAAAUAAGUGCCCUGGUUUUGAGCUCAAUAUGACUUACGGCCUCUCUUUCAUGCUUGCUCCUGUGGGCGUGUUCUUCUGUCUUCUGUCUGGUCUUCUCUUCCUAGCGAUUGGCCGUUCAGUCCAACAUCAUUGUAACUAAACCUUAUGAAAGGUUUCAAAACAAAAGAAUGAAAAUGUAUGCUCAAAAUGCAUCUAAGGGACACCCUCAUGUCGUUCCAAACCUGUAUUAAUUUCUUUCUUUGGUUGACAUUUUGACAAAUAUUUGUAACUGAACAGUUGACAGUUGACAGUUGACUUCAAUAGUAUUUUUCCUUACUAUGAAUGUCAAUGACUGUUGUUUGGUUACUAACAUUAUUUUUUGGAUGAACUAUCCAUUUAAUUAAGGACGUGCUGAUUUUAUGACAAGGUGGGGUACACCUAUUUUUGAUUUUGAAUUUUGCAAAUAUGAUGUCAGUAUUUGGCCAUCAUGUGUGCUGUGAGCAGUACUGUAAACACUGAUCAUGGAUGGUUUGGGAACACUUCAUGUAUGUGUGAGUGUUUGUGUGAGUAUAGUAUUGCACAAAGCAUUAAAUUAUGUUUAAUUAUGUCUUUUAUGAACCUCUGCAUUUUUAUACUACUCAGAAAAGAACAACAAAACAUGUUGGUAAACUCUUUUUGACUGCUAAAACCUUCUCAAGUACACAUUUACACAUUUUUCAAGCAUUUUGAUUAUUCAUUUAUUUGUGAUUUCUAGAGUGUUUUUCCCACCUCAGGCUUUGAAAUAAUCUAGACAGACUUUGUAGCAUUGUUGAACUACCCAGCUGACCUGAAAGUUUUACGUUUUACAUGCACAACUUGUUCACAAACCACAGCACAUAUGUGAUCCUGGACCACAAAACCAGUCAUAAGUGUCAAUUUUUCAAAUUUGAGAUUUAUACAUCAUCUGUAAGCUGAAUAAAUAAUAAUAAUAAUAAUAAUAAUAAAAAAGUUUUCCAUUGUUGUAUGCUUUGUUAAUAUAGAACAAUAUUUGGCUAAGAUACAACUAUUUGAAAAUCUGGAAUCUGAGGGGGUAAAAAAAUCAAGAUAUUGAGAAAAUCACCUUUAAAAUUGUCCAAAUGAAGUUCUUAACAAUGCAUAUUACUAAUCAAAAAUUAAGUUUUGAUAUAUUUACAGUAGGGAAUUUACAGAAUAUCUUCAUGGAACAUGAUCUUUACCUAAUAUGAUUUUUGGGAUAAAAGAAAAAAUGAUCAUUUUGACCCAUGCAAUGUAUUGUUGGCUAUUGCUACAAAUAUACCCAUGCUAUUAAGACUUGUUUAGUCGUCCAGGGUCACAUAUGUAUUUGCUUUGUAAAUAAUAUUAUAUAUUGCUAUCAAGUACAACUGACAUGUACUGUAAUAUUUCAAAAGAUUCAUUAAACCUUUAAUUUAAAAAAAUCUCUGUACCUUUUAUAUUAAAGAUGCAAACGUUGUUGGUUGUUGAUUGGAUUUGAGAUGUGGGAGAAAAAAAGAAUGCAAGCAUGCUGUCGAUUUUUUUUCAUUAAAAAUUAAGGUCAUGAAAAAAUGAAAUGCAUAAUAAAU